AUGGCGCCUCAGGAGGAGUCACAGACCACAACGUCAGCGUCGACGUCAACGUCAACGGCGCCACAACCCGAAAUCCUCGUCCGCGGCCUGACGUACAAGUUCCCCGACGGCUCGACCGGUUUGGAGAACAUCAACCUCUCCCUCCCCGCCGGGUCGCGGACGCUGCUGAUCGGGGCCAACGGGGCGGGCAAGACGACGCUCCUGCGGCUCCUGUCGGGCAAGAAGCUGGCGCCGUCGCGGGCCAUCGCGAUCGCGGGCGUCGACCCCUUCGCCUCGGGCCUCGAGGGCGUCACGUACCUGGGGCUGGAGUGGGUGUUGAACCCGAUCGUGCGGACGGACAUUGCGGUGCCGAUCUUGCUGGAGAGCGUCGGUGGAGGACAUUAUCCCGACAGGCGGGACGAGUUGGUCAGGAUAUUGGACAUUGAUCUCUCGUGGCGGAUGCACAUGGUCUCGGACGGCGAACGCCGCCGCGUCCAACUGGCCAUGGGCCUGAUCCGACCGUGGGACGUGCUCCUCCUGGACGAAAUCACCGUGGACCUCGACCUGCUCAGCCGCAGCAACUUCCUCGGCUGGUUGCGUGGGGAGACGGACCGCCGCGGCGCCACCGUCGUCUACGCGACGCACAUCCUCGACAACCUGGUCGGCUGGCCCACGCACCUCGUGCACAUGCACCUGGGGCGGGUGAAGGAGUGGGGGCCCAUGGACCGGUUCGACGACGAGGUCGACGAUUCGACGGCGAAAAGCGGCAACAGCAAGCUCGGCGAGUUGGUCCUCAAGUGGUUAAAGGACGAUUUGGCCGAGAGGGGGCCGCGAGGGCAUGGAGUAGUGGGAGGAGGAGGAGGAGGAAGUCAGGCAAAGACAUACGAGAGUUUCGAGGGCAAGGCUGGGUACGGGCUUGAGAAGACGCCGGAGCUUUGA